UGGCUCAAUAAGGGCACGAUAAAACAUUUUCUUGGUCAUCUUUAUGGUGCUAAAUCUUGGAAGUAAGUUUCGUUUUAUCCAAACAUCCAUUUUCUGAUCUCCUUAUCCUCACAAGGGUCGCGGGCGUGCUGGAGCCUAUCCCAGCUGUCAUCGGGCAGUAGCCUGGGGACACCAUGAACAAGUCGGCAGCCAAUCGUAAGGCACACAAAGACCAACAACCACUCUCACAAUUACACCUAGGGACAAUUUAGAGAGGUCCACUAACUUUCCAUGUAUGGUUUGGGCAUGUGGGAGGAAACCGUAGUACCCGGAGAAAACCCACGCAGGCACAGGGAGAACAUGCAAGCUCCACACAGCCGGAUUCGAACCCUGCACCUCCUCACUGUGAGGCCGGCGUGCCGCCCCAGUUUCGUUUUACACUGCAUGUAUAUAAAAAUACCCUCUUCAAAGCCCCCCCCCCCUUCCCCAGCCCCCAUUUUAUAAUGUAUAGAUUUCAAUUUGAUCAAUUUAACAGCAUCCCAUAUUUUUUCAUCAGUGUCCUUUGUUGCCUAUGCUCCUUGAAGGCACCAUUAAAAAGUUUAAAGUCCCUAUCAAGUGAAAAUAGAAUCUUCCUCUAAAUUGGAAACAGCAUAUAUAGAGGUUUGAAAUGAAAUUUGAAAGAAUGGAAAAGUGUGAAAAAUCAUGCCAUUCUCAGCAUUGUGGGCAUUUCCGCGAGUGCACUUAAACCACUCCCAGGUGAACUGUCAAAUACAUUUGAAUGGUAGUAUCUUUCUUAUUCUCACAUAUCCCUACAUGUAUCCGCUUAAAAUCUUUGGCGGAUGGAAUACAGCCCACCGAGUUGUAUCCCGUGUACAACCACACAAAAGAAGAAAAUACAUUUGCGUAUCAGUAUCUUUCAAACUCUAGAGAUGAGGAUUUACAAUUCAGUCCCAGGCUGUUCCACCUCACAACCAGAGAAAAAAGCGGCAGCGCAACUUCACAUUUUAUAAAAUCAAGAUUAGCAACAAAGGGAAUGCAGGUUUACGUCAGCCAGCUGUCCAACUUGGCCUUUAGACUCCUGUUGGCCUUGGCUCACAUCUCACCUUUAUCCUGCAAACUCGGUUAUGCCGACCUAUUUUACUGUGUGUGUACAUUUUAAAGUACAUUUUUGAAGACAAGUUGGCUCUCAGCGCUCCUGUUUUCCGAUGUCUAAUCAAACUGAUGUUCUUGUUUUUGUUUUUUUUAAAUCAAAAUAACCUUGGGCCAACUGUAAGUGUGUCUGUGUGGCUACAUCGACGCUGACAUAUGGGAUAAUGUGGACAAAAGGAAAUGCAGGCUUAGGUAUUUUGACAGGUGAACAUACUUUGUUGUUCUGGUGAGGGGAAAUCAAGGUAACGGUAAAUUAUGAAGUGGCAGCUCAGAAUCCAGCAGCCAGCACUGCACAUAAUUGCAAUUUCUGUUUUGUUUCACUAGGCUCCAGUCAGUUUCAUUUGCAGAUCACAUGAUGCAUGAGUCAGCAUGGACUCAGUCAGGGGUGGCCAGGAAAGAGAAACUAUCUCUUCUGUAUCUUUAGCAUGACUUCUUUUCUCCUUUUUCUGCUCUGUAUUCAUUUCCUCUGAACUCAUGAGAAAAAUAAGUGUAUUUUGUCAAUUUCAAACGGGAUAUCAUGUUCUCUGAUUGUUUUUGGAGAAAUCAGAUGGUCCCAUAGCCUCAUUGAUUAAACAUCCAGAUCAGUUAAAAAAAAAAAAAAUCAUGCCAAUAUAUCUGAGAAGAUACGUUGAAUAAUAUAUCAUAUAACACAGUUGCAUAUUACAGGAACAUGAGAGUGAGGCAAGUAGCAACUACAGUAGUACAUUUCAAUGAGCCAGCCUCUUACUUUCAGUUUCAUUUCUCUCUGGCUGCAGAGAUCGAAACACCACAGGAUGGGGGGGAGGCAUUUAUAAGCUAAACCAAUAGGCUUUCUGGCUCAGUUUCACUGGUUAAAGGAGAUCUGGACAUCCAGGAGAAAGAAAAGAACUAAUCAAGAUGGAGACCGUUCUCGAAGACAUUGUGGCCAUGGUGAAGCAGCAUCAAGGAGGGAUCCCCAUAAAAAAACUUAGUCUGUACUAUAGCAAGACAUACCGUCGGAGCCUAUCAAUAGCCAACCUGGGAUUUAAGUCCAAUGCUGCUCUCUUAGCCUGCCUGGAGAACGACUUGGUUGUAGAAGGAAAUGUGGUGUUUCACAAGCACUACAAGGACAAUAUUGGGACAGUUGACGCUGAAGCUGCAGGAACUAGUGCGAGUGCUAUAGCUGCGGCUGUGGUCUGUGAACCCACCAAACUAAAAAAGGAAAAAAAGAAGGUCACGAAGGUGAGAAAUCUAGUGACCAUGAUGACAGAACAUCCGAAAGGGAUUCUUAUGAAGCAUCUGGCAACAGAAUAUAGGCUAAAAUUCCACCAUAAGCUGAAAAUGAGCACUUUGGGCUUCAGUUCAAUUGCUGACCUGGUAGCAACCUUAGACAGGGAUCUGGUAGUGAUAGGGGACCUGGUGAUCCACAAGCGCUUCCCACCUCAAGGUCCACCUGGAGAUGGAAUAUCGGAAACAGAGACACCUUCAAGUUCAGAUUCAGCUUCAUCAAGUCAGCCCAUUCCUGAUAAACAUCUUCCAGCUGGACCCGAGCUCACUGAUGAAUUGGACCAACAACAACUGCACAAGAGAAUUUUAGAGGUAGCUGGAAAAUACCAACUAACUGAACCAUCCAUGGAUCUAUUGGAAGUUUGCUAUUUUCAUCACUAUGGCGAAAAGCUUCCUUUUCAACUGUACUUAUCCAUGUAUGACACUUUGGAAUCAUCUUCCUCCAAUAACCUCCCAAUUCCAUCUGGUACUGGAACUGCUGCUUUACAGCAAGACGCUGCAGCCAGUACGAGUAAAAAGAGUGAUGCAGCUCGGAGAGAAUGCAGUUCGAGUGUGUUUCGGGAAGCUUACAAUGCCCAGGUGAGAGAGGUCCAUCGAGAUAAUGUGCGGGCCAUGGAAGCGGUGGUGGACGAUGAAGUCCAAUGGAAGAAGAAAAGAGAUCUGGAUCCAGACGCGGUCAGCAGUCUGAUGGAGGAUGUGAUACGAGAUCUCGCAGGAGAGGGAGAGCUGGUCACCAAAGAAAAGGUGAUCUCAAGGACGUGUAUUUUAAUGCAACUGACUUCGAAGGAAUUAGAAAGACUCAAUCUUCGUAGUAUUCAGGCCCUGAACGACCUUCACUACUUGGUGAAAGAGAUAACAAUGUACAUACAGUCCACUGAAGCAGUGACGUCCGUCUGCACGCUCUAUGAGCUGGGACAGAAUUUGGCCGGUCUAAAAAAUAAGAAACGCUUUGAAGAGCUAAACCUGGGACCUCUUUGCAAACUCCCCGUCAUCCACCGCAUGUUCAAGAUUGACAGCAACACCAAGGAUGAUGAUAUUGUCCAGAUUGAGACAGUAGACAUCUUAAAGCAACUUCGCAAUUACAGGAGAAAGGCAAAAGAGCCCAAAGUGGACCUGGCUGAGUUUAUGAAGUAUCUAGCUGACCAUUAUAACUGUGAGUCUCCUUACGAGCUGGGUAUCAGGAUACACAGUCUCGGGCUGCCCAUCGCGACAUUAAACAAAGUGAGUCGUCUUGAGCACAGCGAAAUGAACGAGAUGAAAGAAGCUAUUCGGAAAGAGCUGGAAGAGGAGACCCGGGAGCAUCUGAUAAAACUCAAGAAGAGUGUCCUUGAGCCAGUAAAAGCCACAAGCUCUGUCUUUGCUGGGAACUUGGAACUCAGAAGAAAAUAUGCCUCCUUGACAGCAGCAGAAGUGGUGCUGGCAGUCUUCACAAAUGCAGAAAAGGUGUUGAGUUCUGGAUUGCAUAAGCAUGUACGGAAAUUCCUAACAGAAGUGUCCGGCAACAAGCUAGCAACAGCGCUUUUUCAGUUGGCAAUCUGUGGGGGCUCACUAGCUGUCCCACAGGACCAGGUGGCCAAUGAGAAAACUCCCCAAACCUCUGAAAAAAAUGAUCCAAUGGAAGACAGACCUGCCACAUCAAUUCCCAGUGAAGCCAAAGUGAAGCAGUACCUAAAAGAUAGCCUGUCCUCGAUAAACUCAGCCAUCCAUUUGGCUGAUAUUGCCAUCAUAGAGGGGAAGUUGACCAAGCACUUCCAGGUCAAAGACUUUCAUUCCUUGGGUCAAGGCAGCUUCUUGGGAUUCUUGGCGAAACAUAUUCAGCUACUGCAGGACGUGCUUGGUCCAACUUUGAUUCUGAGAAGUGGCGGCAUGGAAUCUGCAAGAAGUUUUUCCAGACCCACCAAACAAGACAUAUUUGAGUUCAUCAAGCAGUGUGGGCAAACUACUUCUGGUGGUCAAGAUGAACUGUCCCACAUUGAGUUGGCACUGCGGUCCCAUUAUGGAGUGCAGGAUAGUCGCAACUUGGGCUACGGCUCGCUACAGGCACUGGCCAGACUAGUCCAAUGCCAGAAAGACCUCGGUGGAGGAGGACCGAGUCUGGUCUUUUAUGAGUCUACAUUGUUUGCUCGGCAUCCCAUUUUAAGUGCCGAAAGUGAGUGCGAAGCAGUGGGGCGGCUUGGGGAGGUUUCAAAGCUCCAGGCAUUGGCUAGUUUGCAUUCUUGUCCUCUGUUAGAGGAUUUAAAUGAAUGGAGUCAAUGGGAGCUUAUAUUCAAACAAAUCCCCAAACCUCUGAAAAAAAUGAUCCAAUGGAAGACAGACCUGCCACAUCAAUUCCCAGUGAAGCUGUCCCACAUUGAGUUGGCACUGCGGUCCCAUUAUGGAGUGCAGGAUAGUCGCAACUUGGGCUACGGCUCGCUACAGGCACUGGCCAGACUAGUCCAAUGCCAGAAAGACCUCGGUGGAGGAGGACCGAGUCUGGUCUUUUAUGAGUCUACAUUGUUUGCUCGGCAUCCCAUUUUAAGUGCCGAAAACUGCUGUUGUAAACUAAAGGCCCUCUGUGCUAUAAAUGAUUUUGAAGUGGAAACAUAUUCUUCUCUUUUCAACGUUCCUCAGCUGUCCCACAUUGAGUUGGCACUGCGGUCCCAUUAUGGAGUGCAGGAUAGUCGCAACUUGGGCUACGGCUCGCUACAGGCACUGGCCAGACUAGUCCAAUGCCAGAAAGACCUCGGUGGAGGAGGACCGAGUCUGGUCUUUUAUGAGUCUACAUUGUUUGCUCGGCAUCCCAUUUUAAGUGCCGAAAGUGAGUGUGAAGCAGUGGGGCGGCUUGGGGAGGUUUCAAAGCUCCAGGCAUUGGCUAGUUUGCAUUCUUGUCCUCUGUUAGAGGAUUUAAGUGAAUGGAGUCAAUGGGAGCUUAUAUUCAAACCUUUCCAUGGCUCCCUCAAAGAUUUUAUUGAAAGACAUGCAGCAAAUACAGGCUUGGCAGCGUUGGAGGUGGCGCCAAGUUUGUUGCUCAGAAUCACUUCCGACACAGGAGACACGUAUUUCUCCAACGCCGCCUUGACCCUUGACCCCGUGGGGACAGCUGGUCACCUCGUGUCCAUUGUUGUAGCCGAUGGGAUCACAAAUGCUCCCACGGCCCUCCUGGCGAAUCAUAUGCAGAGUUCCCUGGCGGCGGCUGUGGCUGAAGAAGAUCUGUCUCGAGCUGAAGAGGACAUGUCAUGUUACACUACAGUGGCAAAUUUCCUUUUGGAGUGUUUGGUUCGAAUUCCGAAUAGAAUCUGUCAGGCUCUUUUGCAGCAGGUGUUUUUAGAGCCUUUGUCCAGAGUCUUGGGUCAAACAAAGUCAAAACUGGUCCUAAUCACUGUGGCCCAGUCAAACCCGAGGCACAUAAACUGUUUGCAUCGACUUGGAAUCCUUAUGGGCAUCACAGAGUGGUUGAAGGACUACCAAAAAAAGCUGACAACAUCGCAGAUCCCAAAUGGCGCCUCAUACUCAGGACCUUUACAUCAGCCGAAAGUCCAAACACAGUCUAAUGUGGUGGAUUCUGAGAGCAGCAGUCUGUCAGGCGAGAACAUGAGUGACGAUGAGGGUGUAGCAGACAACAACGCAACAGACAGCGGUUUAUCCUCCAGUCCUCUCAACCACGGCCUUCAACAAGGAGAAGAUCUAGCGGAGGAAGAAUCGGCCGAAGAAGAACUGUUUGUUGAGAUGUCGGACAACUGCAGCGAAGCCCAAGCCGUGUGCAGCAAUCCGUCAGAACUUCUGGAUUUGAAUGAGGACGAGCUGGCCACUUCUCAACCUGAGCCCACUUUAGAUGUUCACAGAGCAAUAAUUGAGGAAAUAAGAAAAAAAGAGUUUGGUAUUGGUGUGGAACUGACAUCUGAAGGUCAAAACCUGAUCCAGGCCCACCAGUACCGGCUUGGCAGAAGUUUGGAUCGCCUCUCGACCGAGCUCUACAGCAAAGACACACAUUUUGUUUUGGAACUCAUUCAGAAUGCAGAUGACAACAAUUACCCAUCAGGUUCUGAUGUUGUUCCAGCACUGGCUUUUGUGGUUGAGAGGGACUGCAUCACCAUUCUCAACAAUGAGACUGGCUUCCAGGAGGCAAACAUAAAGGCUAUAUGUGAUGUGGGUCAAAGUACCAAGGGCAAACACAAAUAUGGAUAUAUCGGACAAAAGGGCAUUGGCUUUAAGUCAGUAUUCAAGGUCACAGACCGUCCAGAGAUUCACUCCAAUGGCUUCCAUUUGUUUUUCGACAAGACCUGCGGCCCCAUGGGAUAUAUACUCCCCCACUGGAUGGAUGAUGAUAGGCCCUUGGACCCACAGUUAAAUGACUCCUUACUUCACAGCAGCUGGACAACUAAGAUCUGCCUUCCUCUGCGCUCCGAGAGCCAUCAGACCCGAAACCUGUUCCAUGACGUGCACCCUUCCCUGCUGCUGUUUCUGCACCGGCUACGUUCGAUCACCAUCUACAAUCAGGCUGAGAACCGCCUUGUAACGAUGACGCGUAAAGACCUGAGUCAUAAUGUGCUUGAGGUAGAGCACACAGAUGGUACUGAACGCUGGCUAGUCGUCAAAUCUACACUGCGGCCCAAGAUGGUGAUUCUCACACAUCCAUCUGUUAUGCAGUGCACAGACACACUCAGACGUUGAAUGAAAUAGCGGCAUCAUUUCUGAAGUGAUUCCUCGUG